CUGGGAAUUCGGAAAAUAAUUUUGUUAAACGUGAGUUUUGGCUGUGAUAUAAUUUUUGAAGAAUUUCUCUGGAAAGUUUCAUAAUUUAGGUGGCCCUAAUUUAGUGUAAAUCGGAAAACCUUGGAUAGAAGCUAAACCUGACACAAACAGCUGGACAAAGCUUUUUUUCAAAAAAAUGUGCAAUAUUUUGAAAUAGUUUUUUUUUUCCACCGUAACGAUUACCUAAUUGAAUUUCUAAAAAUGAAGAUGUUGCGUAACUUCCUCUUGAAAAAGAGAGCUCGCUCCGAAAAAGUCAACAUUGUAUGUGCAUAGUACUACCUGGGAGUGCUCUUCGGUUCUAUUUCCCCUUUGCACUUUCUUCAUCUUUCUUCUCCCACCCCAUUAUUACUUUUUUUUCAAAAUGUAAACACUCUUUUUCUCAUCCCUUUCGAAUCUCCGUAUAUGUGUGUGCGCGAUGACGUAACACGCGGUACGAGCGCGCGCUGGACGGAGGCGUGACCCAAUGUCACGACAUUGCGGUAGUAGUAGUGGUCAACUGUAUGGUCAUUUUUCGGGUGACGGCUCAUGUUUCGUGAGAGCUUUUCCGGAUUCCAGGACACGCAACAACCACAACAAGGAGUGGCUCAAGAUGCCGCCCCAGGAACAUCUUCAGCGCCAUCAACUACUACUUUAUCGCAUUUUUCGACGGCAUCUAAUGCAACAAAUACUAUUUCUAAUGGGGCAAGUCAACAAAGGUAAGCUGAUUCUUUUUGAUUUUGAAGUAACUUAUAGAUUUUGACUAAUUGGAAAAGUCAGUGAGAUAAACAAUUUGAGUUCUGACAAUUACGAGUUCAGAAUUGAAGCAGAAUAUGUUUACAAAUUAACUUUAUUAAAGAGAAAAGCUUUCGAAGUUAAUUUCAUUAAAAAAAAUUUUAGAACCUUGAUGAAACAAAAUCGAGAUUUCUUAAUAAAAAUGAAGUUUAACCUACGGAAAAAUACUAUUUUCAACAACUUUUUUUGAGAAUUCCCAAAAAGUUCAAAAUAGAAGUUAAAACUAAAUAAGUUUUCAGAUAUCCCAAUUUGAUUUACCAAAAAUAUUACCUAAAUUUAAAAAAAAUGGGUAUAUUCCAGUCAAGUUUUGAGAACAGUUUUCAGAAAAAAUAAUCUUGAUCUGAAUAUUUCAAAAUCAGAAAGUUAUGUUUGGUUUUUGCCCUAAUUACUUUCAAUUUCAGAAAUUUCUGAGAAAGAUUUCGAAACGAAACAUCAUGAAAAUUUUUAUCACAAACUUCAUUUAAUUUUUUUUUCAAAAAUCUAACUUUACCAAAAAUCAUUUGUUUUUUCUUGAGGAACAAGGAACUAUCUUAUUAUUUUCAAAACAUAAACAAAUAUUUACUUUCACACUUUCCCCCAAUUUUUGAAGCAAACUUUUACUUUCACAUUUCCUUUCGCCUGAAAAAGUUCUCUUAUUUCAUUUUAUUCAAAUAUUCCCGUCUGUAUUUACUUUUGGAAAAUGAACUCGCGCAUUUCGGGUCACUUGAAAAAAGAAAACGAAAAAGGAGACGAAGAAGAAACCCCCGUGUGACGUCACAUACCGUAUGUAAAUAUUAUAAGAAAUUAACAUAUUCAUUUUUAUAUAUUUGCACAGCGGAUCGAAUUCUAAAUUCAUUUCGAGAAACUUGUGUGCGAGUUCGAAAUUUGACUAUUUUUAGAUCAACCCGGGGAGCAUCGAAACAACGAAGAGAUCAGAUAAAUGUUGAGAUUCAAAAACUUCGAGAUCUUUUACCACUAUCCGAACAAAUCAAGGAUCGUCUAUUUCAAUUGCAAGUUAUGUCACUUGGUUGUAUUUUUAUAAGAAAACACAGAUAUCAGCAGACAAGUAAGAACUUUUUUGAAAUUAUGGAAAAAUAUUACGACAAUUCAAAACAAUUUUAGUUCAUCAACCACUUCAUCAAUUAACACCAAUCCCACGUGGAAUUGAUAUUUGUAAAGCGCUGCGUGGAUUUAUGAUAAUGGUGACACGUGGCGGAAAAAUUCUACACGUUUCUGACAAUGCCAGUGAAUAUCUUGGACAUUCGGUGGAAGAAAUUAUGUGCCAAGGAGAUUCGAUUUAUGAUUUGGUGGAUAUUCGAGAUCAUGGAGCAAUUCAAGUUGAAUUGAGUAGUGGUCCACCUACAGCUGCUAAUUUUCCCGAAGAACGUGUAUUUAUAUGUAGAUUGAACUUGGCAAGAACUGCAAAACGACAGCUACAGUAUCACAAGGUGAAUUUAGAAUAAAAAAUAUUUUUGAAACCAUAUAACUUUCAAAUUUAGUUUGUACUACUGCAAGGUCGCUAUAUUCAACCGGCUGAAUAUUAUCAAUCAAUUGCUACACAAACUUCACAAGCAGAUGCCGAUCAGCCGGUUUUCUCAGCAUUUUGUCAGCCAUUGAUUAAUCCAGAAAAUGCGGAAUCUAUGGCAAAUGGAAAUACAAAUGUGUUUAGCACUCAACAUUUUUUAGAUAUGAAGUUUAAGGAAGUUGAUUCAAUGGCUUCGUAUCAUUUUGGAAUUUCGAAAGAGAAACUAAAAGGAAAGAGUUGGUAUGAAAUGAUUCAUCCAAAUCAUAUUCCAGAAAUUGCAUAUAAACACCGGCUUUGUAAGUUUAACUAAAUUUUAUAGCCUCAAUAAAAAAAAACAAUGUUUAGUGUGCCAAGAGAAAGAAGGAUCAGUUCUCGCUCUAAUUCGAGUUCAAAAUCAGGAUAAAGAAUGGAUAUGGUUGCAUACAGUAUUCUCAAUAAGACCUUCAAAUGAAGUGUCAGCUGAUGGAAAACGUAUUCGUCAUAUUAUUCAUUGUUUUCAUCAAAAGUUAUCUGGACUAGAAGCAGCUACUCUUCAAGCCAACUCGUGGAUCUACAGUAUGCGACACACUUAUCCAACUGUAUUUUCGUGUCAAGAUUCAACUGAUGAACGACCACUUACACCUCCAUCGCCAGUAGAACAAAAACCAUUUAUGGUUGAUUAUAGUCAGAUAAAAGUUGAAAUUCCGAUUCCACCAAGAGUUUCAAUUCAACCACCAUUUAUUACCCCGGAAUCUUCAUCCCCUGAAAGUUCGGCUUCUUCGAUGUUCCUGAAUUCCUUUCAACCAUCUCAUGUUGAGAUUUUGGAAGAUAUUCUUCCAGUUAAUGAUGUUUUGCCAGAACUAAAAGAUGAAGUUGACGAAAUUCUACGACAGGUAAAUUUUAGAAGAAAAGAGAGAUAAUCUAAAAAAGUAUUUUUUACAGGUUGAACAAGAGGAGGAUUUACGACCACCCCGAAAUGUAAACCUACAACAUCGACAUUCGAUGCCAGGCGCAUUUGAUCCACACACAGCUGAACUUUAUAAAUAUCUUGGACCGGCUCUAUUCGACACUUCAGCUUCCAAUUCUUCCAGGGAAUAUUUCUUCCAAAAUCACAAUUUCCAUCAAAAUUAUCAUCAGCAUAAUCAAAAUCAAACUUUUCUUCACAAUAACAACAAUAAUAUAAAUAUGCAUCCACCAAUGUCUUGUCCACCAACUGAUUCGAAUCAAACUCAUUUUAUGUUUCAAAAUCAUCCACAAUAUAAUAUGGAUUAUCAUUAUAAUCGUAAACGAAGUUGGGCUGUUUAA